AAAUUUGGAAGGUAAUGAGCUGGAGGAAAUUGAAUUAGAGUUGAAACGUGUAUAUUGUAUUAGAAAUGGCAUGGCCACCUUCUACCCACUAGCGACUAGGUCCGCCUCCAAAAGUAGGCUGACACAGGACAACUUAAGGAACAGCACAUAAGCAAGUGACCGGACAAAUAAUGGCUCUGUCGUUGGUCUCUCCGGCCAUCGGAGUUGAGAAACUCAGAAAGUUGAGGAGGGGUUUUGGGGCUUUAGUCUGUGGGGCUUAUGGAAAUGGUAAUGGUAAUGGUAAUGGUAAUGGCGAUGAGGUGUUUCCGUCUUUUCUUCCUAAACAAGUUGAGAAAAUCAAGGACCCAUUUGCUCGAUCUUUGGCUCAGAGGAUCCAGAGGCUUCCCGUGCAGAUUGGGUCAUCUGGAAGUUGCAUAAUGAGUAGCUGUGUGAAACCAGUGAUACGAAGUAACAGUAAUCCAGUGGUUCUCCUUCACUGUUUUGACAGUUCUUGUUUAGAAUGGAGAUGCACAUAUCCCUUGCUGGAGGAGGCUGGUUUGGAGGCUUGGGCUGUGGAUGUUCUUGGAUGGGGUUUCUCUGAUUUAGAAAGGCUUCCACCAUGUGAUGUGGCAAGCAAGCGUCAUCACCUCUACCAGCUAUGGAAGUCCCAUAUUAAAAGGCCAGUCAUAUUAGUUGGACCAAGCCUUGGCGCUGCUGUAGCAAUUGAUUUUGCAGUCAAUUAUCCGGAAGCUGUUGAGAAGCUGGUUUUGAUAGGUGCAAGUGUGUAUGCAGAAGGCACAGGCAAUCUAUCAAAGUUAUAUAGACCAUUGGCCUACGCUGGGGUUUCUUUAUUGAAGAGCUUCCCACUGCGAUUAUGUUCAAAUUUGUUAGCCUACAAGAGCAUUUCAUUUGCAACAAGCUUUGAUUGGACCAAUGUGGGCCUCUUACACUGUCUAUUACCUUGGUGGGAAGAUGCAACAGUUAAUUUUAUGAAAAGCGGGGGCUAUAAUGUUAUUGCCCAAAUAAAACAGGUCAAGCAAAAAACACUUGUCAUCUGGGGUGAGCAUGAUCAAAUUGUCAGCAACAAGCUUGCAAUGAGAUUGCAACAUGAACUGCAAGAUGCAAUUAUGCAUCACAUACCAGAUUGUGGUCAUCUCCCUCACCUUGAGAAGCCCAACUCUGUCGCCAAGUUGAUUGCAGAUUUCGCUCAAGGUGAUCGCUGCCAAGAAGCUCAUUUCAAUAAUUUUAAGCAUGUCAAGAGGCCCAACUCUGUUGUCGAGUCAAUUACAGAUUUGACUAGAGGUUAAUGCUGCUAGGAAGCCUAUUUGCUUCCUGAUGAUGAUGAUCUUAUUUCUCAUCCUACUAUGUAUAUAGGCAUCAAGGGUCACUGUGAUCUUUUUUGCAACGACUGUGAUAGUGUCUUCACCCAAUUUAUAUGUUAUAUAGAAAUGAAGGUGUGCUAAAGAUCAUUUUCUAUCAACUAUCUACUUGGUUUUUCAAUUCUCA